UUGGAUGUUCCUCUCGCCUAGCGCGAGAGGUCAGCAGUUGCCACCUGGUCGUCAAGGCAAACAACUUGAUCAGGUGUUGAUUGGGAUCCUUUACACUCCAUAAGUGUGUCGCCAAGAUUUCUGCUGAAUAUUCAAACCUUAAGGGCUAGCCAUGGCGAACGUCAGAACCUACAGUCCUUCAGUCCGUGUGGGGAACUGGAACGAAGACCUUUGUCUUGAAGAGUCUGUAACCACGGAUGGGUUGCUCCACUUUGGAGACACUGUGAUGAUCGUGAACCCCGGGGCGGAGCGUAACGACGUCCGGGACAUCCGCCAGCGCGACCCGACCGCGCUCUGUCUGAACAUCAGCGAGUACAAGGCACACCUGGCUGCGCAGGUGGAGGCGCCCUGUCCCGUGUCUGCUUCACGUAUCAUCAAACCCUGCAUCAGGAACGCCUUUGUUAUUACCAGUGUUGAUGGAACCCCCAAUGGCCAGCCGCUCAGGUAUGGACAGGACUUUGCACUCAGCACCACAGAGGGGUAUGCUGGAAACCUGAAGCUCCACAGCGAUCGCGUGUCGUUCCUGAAGUGUGCCAAGAAGUCGCGCCAGCAGGAAGUGUCGCUCGUCUCCGACCUGACUCACUUCACUCGGUGGAAGACCAUUGCGUUUGAGCCGCAGCUCAGGAUGGAGUACGAAGGACUGCCUGUACAGGCCAAUGUAAAGCUUCUCAUCACACACUGCAAGACCCACCAACACCUGAACAUUGCACAAGACUAUGUCGCCAGAACUCCGUUUGGCUAUGAGUAUGAGGUGACUGCCCACAUGGACCUGGACUCUCACCGCGCGGAGAAGGAAACCAACCACUGGGUCAUCAUCACCGGUACCCCUACUGACGAUGGUAGAACUAUGUUUGACAAACCACGCCCUGACCCAUCCGGCCUGACGGACCGUCCCAUGGAGGGUACGGGGGAGAUCAGGAAUGCCGGGCUGGACCCCAAACAGACAAAACCUCCUCCCAAGACAGAGGAGAAGCCAACCAUGGAGGAGAUGCUGACUCAGAUUGAGCAGACAGCGAAGGGAGGGGAGGCGCCUCUUCAGACUCAAUAAAGUCGUCUUAGGCUCUGUCUUAGGCCAUGUUGAUUUGUUUAUGUGGAUGUCAUCUUCUCCAAAACUGAUGCAAGCAUGUGGUAAAAAAGUUUGAAAAAAAAUUGUUCCCUUUAGUGGUCAGGAAUUGAAGGUUAAGCAAAUGACUAAACACACGGACUGAUAGUAUGCCAAAUGAGAGAUUCCUCAUUCUUGUUCUUUCAUAUCUUCUUGAUUUUGAUCUGGCGGUGGCAUUCUUUCACAUUAGUAUCCCAAUCCAAUGAUGGAUAUUUAUUUUUUUUUUGGGUGCAAUUUUAGGAUACAGCUGCUUUUUACAAUUCACAGUAUGUCCAACAAUUUUUUUGCCAUUAAAUGUUUGGAGAUGGAUAAAAAUUGAUUCAAGUGUGCAGAUGUCAUCCAUAUACUCAAAUCAGCAUGGCUUUCUAUGGAGAUUAACAAUUCUGCUCUCACAUUCCAUCAAAGUUUGAUAUUAAGUACCAAUGCUAUUUGACAUAAGCUUCACCCAACAUUCCAUAAUACUAUCAAUUCUUUGACAAGAUUUUUUUUUCAAUUUACAAGAUCAUUUUUUCACAAAGUUUGACCAUAAUUAUGUUCUAUUUCAGAAGGAAGAAAUGUUGAAUCACUCAGCACAGUUGUCCUACCAGUAUACUGUAGAAUGUAAAAGACAGUUGGCUUGAUGCACUGUUUUUUGCUUUUACACUUAUAUUGCACUAAUAGGACUGCUAUCAGUGCUGAAUUUGAUGGAAUUUUUUCUUAUGUGGAAUUGUUGCUUGGGAGUUGAAUUGAAGCACGUUCUUAUUUCAUGACAAGUUAAUCAUAAAAUGUGACAUAAAUGAUAGCUAUAAUAAUAAAUGUUUCCCUCAAAACAUGUAUUGUGCUCUGUAAAAUUGGAAAUAAGUCAGUCCCUCAUUUUUCCCGCUUGAGCCAAAACUACAAUCUUACAUAUACAUCAAAGGAAAUCUCUUUUUUUUUCUUUUGACGACACUUCUCACAAAUACUUUGAAAGUCCAGUCGUUUUUUUAAAGUCUGCAAGCUCAGAGAGUAUUUUUAAAGGCCUGCAGUGUUAAAUUGUUACAACUAAUUUGUCUAUAUAUGUAAAUAAUCUCAGUUGUUCAGAGCUUCUCAUUUGACAAGACAGUGAUUUAUAUCGUACUUAUAGCAAAAAAAUGUAAUAUGCAAGUUUCUCGAAAGUUCUUCUCAUGUUCUAAACUUCUCUGUAUACAUUGUACUUCUUUUAAUUGUUACAAUGCCUAGAGCUGCUAGUACCAUUUUUUGUAAAAAAACAUAUCUUACCUCUUAUUCAAUGGUUUCAUCCAAGUUACUGUGUUAUUGUAGUACAUGAUGAACUAUCUUACUAUGGGGAAAGGGGUGUCUCGGCCACUCACUCAGUAUUACUGUCUGCAAAAAUGCCAAAUAUAUAGCAAAUCGUCAAAAUGAGAUGAUUAGUGGCCAAACAAAAAACAUUUUUUUCAAACAAAAUACAUUCUACUAUAGGCCCAUAGUCACAUCUGUGUUCGAAGGUCUUGUAGCAAUACAAACUGUAUAUACAAGGACAUUUUCAACUGUUUAUAAAUGAAAAGAGAAUUCUCUAUACUAGAAUAGUUUUCCUGAUAGAGUUUGCUGUGUGCCAUUCUCAUAGGAUUAUUUUAAGACUUAGUUUGUGAGGCAUGAACAGUUGUGUGUUGUACAUGUACACUUAGAUUCUGCACUGCCUCAAGACACCCUGUAUUCAGCAUUAACGUCUUAAAGAAUAAAAAAUUGACCUUAA